CAAACACCUGGGCUGACACCCUUCACUAAGAACUUCACAUUCACUUCAUAUCCUGGACGGUUAUUAAACACACACAAUUCAUACUCUUCUCUGCAAACUUUGCAGGCUAUCGGGGGUGUUGUCUGAAACGACAGGUUGUUACCGUGGUAUUCAGUGUCUCGUAAAAGCGUCAUUUCAAAUAUGUAACGAUACGUGAACUACAAAAAAGAAGAUUUGCUUGAAUUAACUAAAGGCGAACCGACGUGUCUCCAGUGUCUAACGGAUGGAAUAAUGUGCAUCAGUUGCGGGGAGUGUUAACCGGUUGGUUGCCGCCUUUUGGGGGCGGCAAAGCGGGCGGAGAAAAAAUGUCAUCGAUUUCGGCGCAAGGGGUGGUUGAACGGGCCUCUGCGGAACUGUCCAAGCGGAUCAACGGUUUAGGGCUAAGAGGCAGCAAACAUCAUCAUGCAGCCACUUCGGCGAAAACCAGUGUCAUGGAGAGGGUCACCAAUGUAUUUUGCGGCGGCGGCGGUAGCAAUGCGGCUGCUGCAACGGCGGCUACGUUGGGAGCACCAGAAAAGCCAAGUAGGCUUCUUCCCCAGAAACCAGGCAUGCAAAAACCAGGAUCCGCUCCUUCGUCUAUCGCACCAUCCUACAGAAAACAGCGCCAACUUCCCAUUUAUCUGAGUUGGGAUGAAUUGAUGAUUGAUGAAAAAUUCCUCACAAUGUUCUUCUACUACUUCAGUCCAUGUGAAAGGUGUGUCCUUGCUAGAGUGUGUAUUAGGUGGCGCGAUGUACUUUACAAAUCACCCCGCUUUUGGUCUGGUUUGGUACCGGUGCUGCAAUGCCGCGAGAUGCGUGGUUGCCACACUACAGAGCGCACUCGUUUAUAUUCGUCAGUGUUGAGGAGAGGAUUUCACAGUUUGAGGUUGGUUUCAGCAUCGGACGAAGACGCCAUUGAUCUGGUUAAUACUUUCCCGCUCGCAGCCAAACACGUCCAUUCAUUGAGUCUGCGUUGCUCUAGUAUCACGGAUAGAGGGCUUGAGACAUUGUUGGAUCACUUACAGGCGCUGUAUGAACUUGAGCUGGCAGGAUGUAACGAGAUUACAGAAGCUGGAUUGUGGGCUUGUCUUAGCCCUCGCAUCGUGUCUCUGACGCUCACAGACUGUAUCAACGUGGCCGAUGAAGCAGUGGGUGCUGUAGCACAAUUGUUGCCCGCGCUUUAUGAGUUCUCCCUGCAGGCAUACCAUGUCACCGAUGCAGCUUUAGGAUAUUUCUCACCCAAACAGAGCCACACGCUGAAUGUGCUCAGGUUACAUUCUUGUUGGGAGAUCACCAACCACGGAGUUGUAAAUAUAGUUCAUUCGCUGCCAAAUUUGACUGUACUCAGCUUAUCGGGAUGUAGUAAAAUAACGGAUGACGGCGUAGAGCUGAUAGCUGAAAAUUUACAAAAACUCAGAUCUUUGGAUCUGUCCUGGUGUCCUAGAAUUACCGACGCUGCCUUGGAAUAUAUAGCCUGUGACCUCAAUCAAUUAGAAGAAUUAGUCCUCGACAGAUGUGUACAUAUAACCGAUAUAGGAAUAGGAUAUAUUUCUACGAUGUUAUCACUACAAUCGCUAUACUUACGUUGGUGUUCACAAAUUAGAGACUUCGGACUGCAGCACCUUUGUGGUAUGAGAAACCUACAAAUAUUAUCAUUAGCAGGAUGCCCUCUAUUAACAUCUAGCGGUUUAUCAAGCCUAAUACAGCUAAGGCACAUGCGUGAACUUGAGCUGACAAACUGCCCAGGAGCUUCAAGAGAACUGUUUGACUAUCUCAGAGAACAUUUGCCGCGAUGCCUCGUUAUAGAAUAAGCCAAACAUAUGUAGUAAAUUCACGUUAAUUUUUUAACAUUGUUGUUCUUUAACGUUUUCAUAAAAAUCGCUUCGAACUUCCAUUUGUCUGAAUUUUAUGUUCUAUAGGUAAGACAUAAAACUCAAACUAAUAAUUCAUAAUUUUUCCCAAAGUGUUUGCUCUGCACUUAGCAAAUAGGUUUCACACUUUAAAUGAUAAUUUCACACAAACAACAAUGUAACCAACGCUCAGGGACGUAGUGUCGAGGGGGGUAGAGGGAAGCCAACCAUCCCAGAAAUCUGUCAAGCUGUCGAAAAUUGGCCAAUAAAAUGAUAAUUUGGAUGACAUAAUAAAUAGUGAUCGCAUCCCAUACUGAAGUACUGUAAAUUACAACAUGCUCACCAAAUAUUAUGCAAAUAAUUAGGAAACUUGGAAAAUAAAACAGUAUAGUUCCGAACACAAGUUAAGACCUGAAUAAAUAAAAAUAAAUAAAAGAUUAAGAGUAAAAAUGCAUGACUUUUAACCAAUAACUGUCGAGUUAGCGAAUGACGGCAAAUAGCAAAUCAACAAAUAAGUUGUAUUCAAGGCGCUCUGACUUGAGAAUAGAGGUGUCCGACAGCGCGUUUACCCCAUAUCCAGGAGCGUAGUAGCAAGUUUCGGAAGUUGGUAAAAACCACCAAGUUGGGAAAACAUUGAGUAGCAGUAACGUGCUAUUAAAUACAUCAGAUAUUUUAUAUUGCAGAACGGCAGAACUGAAUGUUCGUAAUAUCGCUGUUGCGAGUAGGAACCUCAUUCUCCUCUUAUAUUGAUCUAGAUACAUUACCUUUGCAUUUGUUAAAUCUUAAAGUAUAGCUGCAAAUGCACAUGCUUUUCUCAUGUAGUAUUUUCCUCGCCUUUGUACACAUUCAAAUGGCAAAAACUGACUCAUAUAUACUAAUUAUGGAUUUCGUUACUUCACUAUUCGGCGUAUAAAGUAAAAAGCACAACCUAUUUUCAUUAAUCAGUGCAUAGUACGCCUCUAAUUUAAAUAAAAUAAUAAAUUUAAUUGAUAGCGCCGGGCGUUUAACGUCUAGCAGUUAGACAUUUAUGUUUCAUUCAUGGAUUGGAUCUGUCAAUCUGUAGCAUGUGGCAGCGAUACAUGUCCCUACAUGCUCAACAUAUGAGUGACCAGCCUGUAACCUCUUUUAAGUCAAACGUUAUAAUCUGGAAUCUAAAAGCUUGAAUAGAAUGCAGCAAAAUAAUCAUAAAUAAGCACAACUGCAUAAAAAACUAAAUUAUAUGAGCCGAUUAAAACAGUGAGAUCAAAUUUAAUGAGCAUACGAGUACGCGUGUACAGUAUGUUUUUUAUAUUGACUUUAACGUGAAUUUACUAGCUCAUACACUGUAUUUUGUCCAACUUAUUAUUAUAUAUUUGAUAAUACGAGUGCAAUAAUUUCUUUUAUACUUUUUUAACAUUCCUUUUCUUAUGGAAUACCUUGUUAUUUUGGUCCACAGAAAAAUAUAUACCUAGAUAAGGAUUCUCUUACGGAAGUAAGAAGCUUCUUCAACUGAAGAUAAUAUUCUUAUAUAUUAGUUUUUACAAAUAUUUAUUUAAUAUAUGAUAUUUAUUUAAUUAUACAAAUUACAACAUAAUAUAAAAUCUUCAAACAUGAUUUCGAAAUAUACCAACUAUCCGAACCGUUUUUGAAAGCUGAUGAUUUCACUGUAUUUGAUGGUAGUUAAUUUCAUGAAUUAAACACUCUAAAAAAAAAUAAGAUUUUUAGGUAUUUAUGAGGCUUACAGAAUGAAACUAUACGUAAAAAGAUCCGACUAAUAGUUACAGGGUCCACUGAAUUACAUUUCGUCGUAAAGGAACGGGAUUACGUGACCUACUUAUUUGCCAAAGUCAUGCAGUCAUCAAUAAUGCGUCCAAUCAGCACAUGCUACAUAAUAAUUAGUCAUUGACAGUUUGAAACAUAAUUGUGUCUUCAGUUUGCAUGCUAACUUUAUGAACAAUUCAGCGCAUUCAGUAUGAAAUAUUUUUUUUUUCAACUUCAAGGCUUAUCUGUGACCAUGUAAAAAUUUUAGCUCUAAGUAUGAAUGCACAAGAGUAUCAAAAAAUCUUGAAAUGUUUUUCUUCGCAACUUUUUUACUAUUAGUGGGAUCUUUUUAUCUGGAGGUCUCAUAAGUACCUAAAAAAUUUUAUUUGAAGAGUUUUUUCGGUCCUGCCAACACUUUCGAUUGAAUCCCAAAAAACACGUUUUCCCACAAAAAUUGGUAAACCCAUUUUAUGCGUCUAUGUUGUACAUACCCCUUGAACAACUUGCAUCAAUAAAACUACACUUUACAACCAGGAGUAUUUUCGUCUGAUAUGACUAGACUAUAGAUUGAAGUUGUGUCCACGUAAAUGAUUUUUGUUUAGCUGAGCCAAAUUUGUCGUGACCACCCCAAAAAAACUUAUCGAGUAACAGGAAGGUGAUUAUCAUUAUCAGAUCUUCUCUAUGGUAUCUCGCCAUGAAAGUAGUCAUCUUGAAUAAUUUUAGCCUCUCUUCAUAGCCAGGUCAUCUGAUGCGAGUGGCACGACGCUGGAGAUUUUCAAGAAAAUCGCAGUCUUGAGCGAAAGCUGAGUACCAAACAUUCCAUUAUCGCUCAUAUGUACUUUUUGUAAAGUCAAACAUGUGGCAAAAUCGCAUCUAUUGAAGGCUUUUGCAGAGAGGUAUAAAAUAAACGUCUUUCUGAUUGGAUACUCUUGUAAUGGCUUGGUCUCAAAAAGUAGGCUACAUUUGGAUUGUUUGUUCCAAUAUGCAUUGAGCUGCACUUUGUUGAAUUUAAAGGAAGCAGGCCACUGGACAACGGCGUCCUCUGAAAUACCUCACUGUUGAUGUACAGGACAGGUACCCAGCUGAUUUAAGGAAAUGAAAUAACACCAAAGGUGUUUUCAACUAUAUUUAUAGUUCAAUUAUAUCAUAAUUGGACGGAAAAUCCCCUGGUUUGCGAAAUAGUUGCAACAUCGGCACAUAAAAUGGUUAGCUCAUGUUUUCUGGAAAAACAUUUUAUUCAACGAGAAAUUAUAAGAAAACGCAUUUUUUGAGAUUCAGUUGAAAAUGUUUGCAUGAACGAGACUUACAAAAUGAAACCACACAUGAAAAUAUGAAAGAACAAAAGAGUUAUGGCCAAAAACCUAGGUUUUGGUAUUUGUUUUAUUGUAGUCGAUUAGUAAACUAGUUUUUAAGAAUUAUAAAUUGUUUAUCCCAAAACACCAAGCCAAGACUGAUUAUGAUAUCGGCCCUAUGUCUACCAGGAAACAAGUGGAAGUAUCUAAAGAUAAAGCUCAAAUGAUAAGGUAUUCUUAUCUGGUGUCUGAGUUGUCAUUCGUCAAAAAUUAAUAUUUAUUAUUUAACGCUUAGCUAUCAAAAUCAAUAAAAAUAGAUUUAGAUUUUCUGGCAAUUAUAAACUAGUAGCAAUAAAAUUAUUAUUGUAAGCAAUACGUCCAUGAUGACAAUACAGAUUAAAUAUUUUUUGUGGACCAUAACUUAAACUUAUUUAUUUGAUGUAUGAACCUGUAGAAAUUGCUAAAGGCAGAAAUUGCGAGAAUAAUACAAAAUUACUGUUUUAUUCUUUGCAUAACGUUCUUUUUCAAGUACUUUGUACAAGGUGCUUCACUUUUUGGGAAAACCUUGUGGCAUUUUUAAUAAAGUUGAGUGCUUUGUAUAUUACUUCCUGGAAUAUAUGUGAUGUAAAUACAG